AACUGUAUUGCUGACACUAGUACUAGUGGCGACUCGUACAAUACGCUUUCUAAUGAAAUUCCAAAUCACGGCCUACGUCGCACUCCUCGUGAGUCUACUGGUAACAAUAGUUUCACAAUGUGCGACAGCAGAGAGACUACCCGAAAUCGGAUCCAACGUGUGUCAGUCAUGGAAGUUUGAUGUGAUCGACGGCGAGUACAAAGAAUAUCUCGGAAAUGUUCUCAUCGACGUGGAAAACUCGGGACAGGGACUAGGAAGAUUUGGAGUCUAUUUGAAUUGCCGUUGGGGAAAUAGAUCCACACAAUUGCAACGAUCAUCCAAAUACGUCCACAUACAGCCGGGGCACAGAUCGACAGUCACUUUUCACGUUCGACUUCCGAUUAGUGAACGAAAUCAAGAGGGAAAAGUUAGACACCGGUGUUUCUACCGUGUCGUCGCACAGCCGGGAGAGCGCAGGUCUAGGCCUUGCUUUGUACUUCUGAAGGCAGAAUACGGCUCCUUCCUCCAAUCUUGCACAGACAAAGAACGAAAGGUGUAUGUGAGUGUACAAAGAGACGACGAACUGAUCAAAGUACACUUCAGCAACCACAAGCACGAAAGCAUCAUUGAGACAGAUUUCAAUUGCUCGUCGAAUCCCCAGCACAAUUUCCACGAAAUUGUGUGGCUCUUAGCAAGUGAUGACCUCCAAUACAACAUUGAUCUAGAAGUAGAUACAUGCAACGUGACAAGCUCUCGUUACCUGGCUGACCACAACUGUUCCCUCAUAAUCAAACGACACUGUUUACAGACAAAUGAGAUACUCUAUUCCAGACAAUGGAGUAUGCACAACAAACUCGGAGACAAGUGCAAGCAUCCUGUAGCCUACGCUGUUGCAGAAAGCCUUGCUGAGAUUUUCCACGUUUCCAGCCACCCUGUUGCUGUUAUGCUAGCUGUCUCUAGCCUCCUGUUGGUUAUAAAUAUCAUCACUUUUGCCUCAAAGUGCCUUGUGUCUGCCCGACUGCAUCAUCUCAAAAGAAAUGCAGAGAAAUAGAGCAUCACGAAGCAGCAAGCCAACACACUGCCAG